GAAGGCAGGGUGCCACCCUUCCUGCCCUCUUCUUUUCCGUUUAGGGUCAGCAAGGGGUUGUCGCCGGCAUCCGCAUCCAGGAUGAAGAACUAUAAAGCAAUUGGCAAAAUAGGAGAGGGAACAUUUUCUGAAGUUAUGAAGAUGCAGAGCCUAAGAGAUGGAACCUACUAUGCAUGUAAACAAAUGAAACAGCACUUUGAAAGUAUUGAGCAAGUGAACAAUCUGCGAGAGAUACAAGCUCUGCGAUGCCUGAAUCCACACCCAAACAUUCUUACGCUGCAUGAAGUGGUUUUUGACAGAAAAUCUGGUUCUCUUGCACUAAUAUGUGAACUUAUGGACAUGAAUAUUUAUGAACUAAUAAGAGGGAGAAGACAACCAUUAUCAGAAAAAAAAAUUAUGCACUAUAUGUAUCAGUUGUGUAAGUCCCUUGACCACAUGCACAGAAAUGGAAUAUUUCACAGAGAUGUAAAACCAGAAAAUAUUCUAAUAAAGCAGGACAUCCUGAAACUGGGGGACUUUGGGUCCUGCUGCAGUGUCUAUUCCAAGCAGCCAUAUACAGAAUACAUCUCCACCCGCUGGUACCGGGCACCAGAGUGUCUCCUCACUGAUGGGUUCUACACGUACAAGAUGGACCUGUGGAGCGCAGGCUGUGUGUUUUAUGAGAUUGCCAGUCUACAGCCCCUCUUCCCUGGAGCGAAUGAACUGGACCAGAUCUCAAAAAUCCAUGAUGUCAUUGGCACUCCUGCUCAGAAGACCCUCACCAAGUUCAAACAGUCGAGAGCUAUGAGUUUUGAUUUUCCUUUUAAAAAGGGGUCAGGAAUACCUCUACUGACAGCCAAUUUGUCCCCGCAAUGUCUGUCUCUCCUGCACGCAAUGGUGGCCUAUGAUCCUGACGAGCGAAUCGCUGCCCACCAGGCCCUACAGCAUCCCUACUUCCAAGAGCAGAGGGCAGCUGAGCUGCAGGUCCUGGCCAGCCACAGAAGAACUCUCUUACCAGAGCAUCCUAUGGCACUGGAACCACUCAGUCACAACUGGCACGCCUCAAAGGAGAGCAGAAAGCAGAAACAGCCCCUGAGGCAAGAGGAGGAUGCCAAGAGACUGGGACCUGCCUGCCUGAUGCAGCUGCCCAAGCUGAGGCUUUCGGGAGUGACCAGACUGUCAUCAUGUUCCAGCCCCACGCUGCGGUCUGUGCUCGGCUCUGGAACCAAUGGAAGAGUCCCAGUGUUGAGACCCUUGAAGUGUGUGGGGCCGAACAAGAAGACAGACCCGCAGAAGGACAUCAAGCCUAACCUGAAACAGUGCCGCCUGCCCACGAUUGCCAGGAAAGGUGGAGGGUACUGAGCCACUUGCCGUCUCACCCUCUUGGAGAGUAAGAGCUGGCACCAUGGGGCAGGCCGGGCCCGUGUCUGACAGUAGAUGGAGGCCCAAGAAGAUGCCUGGCAUGGGCUCCAUGUGAGGCCUGGCGGCCCUGGAUGCGCUGCCCUGUGGCUUCGCCUGACUCAAGCGGGAGCUGGCCAGCCCGGGACUACCCCUGAGCACGUGCUUGCAUCCCCCAAACAGCUGUACUGUAUGUUCCAGUUUAAUACAUUUGUAAAACCACCUCAUCCUAGGAUUUUAUUUCAUUUCCAUAACAUAGAGAUUUGAGGUGGGAAAUAUUUUGUAACUUUUAUACGAAUCAAAAAGAUAAGGCUGGGAGCGGGUGGCACAUGCCUGUAAUCCUAACCCUGGGAAAGUGGACGCAGGAAGACGGAGAGCUCAAGGCCAGGUGGAGACAGGCUUGGUUGGAAGGUGAGUUCUGCAUGUUACUGUCUCUACUUCUUUACCCACAGUGCCCUGGGCGCUCCAGCUGUGGCAGUGUGCAGCACCUUCCAGGCUGUGCUGUUGGAGACUGCUGAUUUUUAUUAAAGAACAAGCUGUCACCACAGCAGUUCAUCUUAACAUUCUCUGAUUUGAACUUACUGUUAGUAGCUGUUUCUUUGCCCUAGCUUUAGCGGCCGUAUUAGGAUAAUUGAUUGUGUUAGGGAAACUUUAGUGUGGCUUAGUUGUGUCUCCCUUGAAAAACCAUCAGAGAAUGAGGACAAGCUUGUCCUCAGAGCCCCUGUUGCUCCCCACUGAGCCACAGCUGGGCACAUGGCACCUCAGCUUCUGGUGCAUGGGUUCCCCUGGGUGCACAGGACCCACUGCCUGGUUGCCAGUGGUGCCUGGAGCCUUGUUUUCAGAGUGCCAAUCUGAAGUUGCCCUAAAAAAGGAAGCAGUUGCACUGUGGGGUGAGAUGGGAACACUGCAGAGUAACCAUGGUCCUGGGGGAUUCAAAGCGCAGGGCACUCGUGGGCCAGGUGCUGGGCGCAGGGACAAGUUUCUAAGCCUCACCCCACCCCAUGCUGGUAGGCAAGUGCUCUAUCACUCAGUCGCUCCUCCAGCCUCUGUUAACCCUCUUUUUGUAUAGCAUAGCAUGCAUCUAAUGUGUGCGUGUGUAUUUUCCAUCUUCUCAAACACAUUAAGACGAGAAAGAGUUUUCAGGUUAGUGUCUAGUCUCUUUGUUCUAUUGAGGCAAAUUUCUGAUCCUUUCCUUCCAGGUCUUUGCACUGGCCCUACCCCAGGCUACCCGCAGAGUAGUGGGGUGGCAGCGAGAACCACAGGACAGCUGGGUAAUAGGAGGAGCAUGUGGAGCUACAUGUAGGUGGGGCACCAUGGAGUGGGCAUGCAACCCACACAAGUGCAAGACCAAAAAUGAGACCUAAGGGAGGGGCGUUCUGGCCUCCUCCACACUCACCUGAGCCCUGAUAUGGCCCUCAAGUGCCCCUGGAGGGGUCCUGGCAUGGGGGAAGUUGUCUGAGCCUGGGAGCCUGCAGUGGAUGCUCAGCCAGGUUCACAGCCAUGGAGGAGACCAGAUUCCCACCAGCUCAGUGCAGAAAGGGCUCACAGACAAGCCAGAGGAGUGGACAUGGUGGCUGGCCCCAAGAAGGACCUUCAAGGGAGGGAAGCUGUGCUGAGGGGACAGAGAAUAAAUCCCAAGAGAGGAUGCAGCAAAGGGUGUACUGCUGUCCUGAGGACUGGCUCUAAGUUAAGUAAGAUCACGUUAUGGACCAAUGAGUAUU